AUGGACGUGGACGUGGACGUGGACGUGGACGUGGACGUGGACAUGGACGUGGACAUGGACGUGGACGUGGACGUGGACGUGGACAUGGACGUGGACGUGGACGUGGAUGUGGACGUGGACGUGGACGUAGUUAUGGACGUGGACGUGGACGUGGACGUGGACCUGGACGUGGACAUGGACGUGGACAUGGACGUGGACAUGGACGUGGACAUAGACAUGGACGUGGACAUGGACGUGGACGUGGACAUGGACGUGGACGUGGACGUAGAAAUGGACGUGGACGUGGACAUGGACGUGGACUUGGACGUGGACGUGGACAUGGACGUGGACAUGAACGUAGACGUGGACGUGGACGUGGACAUGGACGUGGACGUGGACGUGGACGUGGACAUGGACGUGGACAUGGACGUGGACAUGGACGUGGACGUGGACAUGGACGUGGACGUGGACAUGGACGUGGACGUGGACGUGGACGUGGACGUGGACGUGGACGUGGACGUGGACGUGGACAUGGACGUGGACAUGGACGUGGACUUGGACAUGGACGUGGACUUGGACGUGGACGGACGUGGACUGGACGUGGACGUGGACGUGGACGUGGACGUGGACGUGGACGUGGACGACGUGGACGUGGACGUGGACGUGGACGUGGACGUGGACGUGGACGUGGACAUGGACGUGGACAUGGACGUGGACGUGGACGUAGACGUGGACGUGGACGUGGACGUGGACGUGGACAUGGACAUGGACGUGGACAUGGACGUGGACGUGGACGUGGACAUGGACGUGGACGUGGACGUGGACAUGGACGUGGACGUGGACAUGGACGUGGACGUAGAAAUGGACGUGGACGUGGACGUGGACAUGGACGUGGACGUGGACGUGGACGUGGACGUGGACGUGGAUGUGGACGUGGACGUGGACGUGGACGUGGAUAUGGACGUGGACAUGGACGUGGACGUGGACGUGGACGUAGAAAUGGACGUGGACGUGGACGUGGACGUGGACAUGGACGUGGACAUGGACGUGGACGUGGACGUGGACAACAUGGACGUGGACGUGGACGUGGACGUGGACAUGGACAUGGACGUGGACGUGGACAUGGACGUGGACAUGGACAUGGACGUGGACGUGGACGUGGACGUGGACGUGGACGUGGACAUGGACGUGGACAUGGACGUGGACGUGGACGUGGACGUGGACGUGGACGUGGACGUGGACGUGGACAUGGACGUGGACUUGGACGUGGACGUGGACAUGGACGUGGACAUGGACGUAGACGUGGACGUGGACGUGGACAUGGACGUGGACGUGGACGUGGACGUGGACAUGGACGUGGACGUGGACAUGGACGUGGACGUGGACGUGGACAUGGACGUGGACGUGGACAUGGACGUGGACGUGGACAUGGACGUGGACGUGGACAUGGACGUGGACGUGGACGUGGACGUGGACGUGGACAUGGACGUGGACAUGGACGUGGACUUGGACGUGGACGUGGACUUGGACGACGUAGAAAUGGACGUGGACGUGGACGUGGACAUGGACGUGGACGUGGACGUGGACAUGGACGUGGACGUGGACAUGGACGUGGACGUGGAAAUGGACGUGACAGUGGACGUGGACAUGGACGUGGACGUGGACGUGGACGUGGACGUGGACGUGGACGUGGACAUGGACGUGGACGUGGACGUGGACGUGGACGUGGACGUGGACGUGGACAUGGACGUGGACGUGGACGUGGACGUGGACGUGGACGUGGACGUGGACGUGGACGUGGACGUGGACAUGGACGUGGACGUGGACGUGGACGUGGACGUGGACGUGGACGUGGACGUGGACGUGGACGUGGACGUGGACAUGGACGUGGACGUGGACGUGGACAUGGACGUGGACGUGGACGUGGACGUGGACGUGGACGUGGACGUGGACGUGGACGUGGACAUGGACGUGGACAUGGACGUGGACGUGGGACGUGGACGUGGACGUGGACGUGGACGUGGACGUGGACGUGGACGUGGACGUGGACGUGGACGUGGACGUGGACGUGGACGUGGACGUGGACGUGGACGUGGGGUGGACGUGGACGUGGACGUGGACGUGGACGUGGACGUGGACGUGGACAUGGACGUGGACGUGGACAUGGACGUGGACGUGGACGUGGACGUGGACAUGGACGUGGACGUGGACGUGGACGUGGACGUGGACGUGGACGUGGACGUGGACGUGGACGUGGACAUGGACGUGGACGUGGACGUGGACAUGGACGUGGACAUGGACGUGGACAUGGACGUGGACGUGGACAUGGACGUGGACGUGGACAUGGACGUGGACGUGGACGUGGACGUGGACGUGGACGUGGACGUGGACAUGGACGUGGACGUGGACGUGGACGUGGACAUGGACGUGGACGUGGACGUGGACGUGGACGUGGACGUGGACGUGGACAUGGACGUGGACGUGGACGUGGACGUGGACAUGGACGUGGACGUGGACGUGGACGUGGACAUGGACGUGGACGUGGACAUGGACGUGGACGUGGACAUGGACGUGGACGUGGACAUGGACGUGGACGUGGACGUGGACGUGGACGUGGACGUGGACGUGGACGUGGACGUGGACGUGGACGUGGACGUGGACAUGGACGUGGACGUGGACGUGGACGUGGACAUGGACGUGGACGUGGACGUGGACGUGGACGUGGACGUGGACGUGGACGUGGACGUGGACGUGGACGUGGACAUGGACGUGGACGUGGACGUGGACGUGGACGUGGACGUGGACGUGGACAUGGACGUGGACGUGGACGUGGACGUGGACGUGGACGUGGACGUGGACGUGGACGUGGACGUGGACGUGGACGUGGACGUGGACGUGGACGUGGACGUGGACGUGGACGUGGACGUGGACGUGGACGUGGACGUGGACGUGGACGUGGACGUGGACGUGGACGUGGACGUGGACGUGGACGUGGACAUGGACGUGGACGUGGACGUGGACGUGGACAUGGACGUGGACGUGGACGUGGACGUGGACGUGGACGUGGACGUGGACGUGGACAUGGACGUGGACGUGGACGUGGACAUGGACGUGGACGUGGACGUGGACGUGGAGUGGACGUGGACGUGGACGUGGACAUGGACGUGGACAUGGACGUGGACGUGGGACGUGGACGUGGACGUGGACGUGGACGUGGACGUGGACAUGGACGUGGACGUGGACGUGGACGUGGACGUGGACGUGGACGUGGACGUGGACGUGGACGUGGACGUGGACAUGGACGUGGACAUGGACAUGGACGUGUGGACGUGGACGUGGACGUGGACGUGGACGUGGACGUGGACGUGGACGUUGGACGUGGACGUGGACGUGGACGUGGACGUGGACGUGGACGUGGACGUGGACGUGGACGUGGACGUGGACAUGGACGUGGACGUGGACAUGGACGUGGACGUGGACGUGGACGUGGACAUGGACAUGGACGUGGACGUGGACGUGGACGUGGACGUGGACGUGGACGUGGACGUGGACGUGGACAUGGACGUGGACGUGGACGUGGACAUGGACGUGGACAUGGACGUGGACGUGGACGUGGACGUGGACAUGGACGUGGACGUGGACAUGGACGUGGACGUGGACGUGGACGUGGACGUGGACGUGGACGUGGACAUGGACGUGGACGUGGACGUGGACGUGGACGUGGACGUGGACGUGGACGUGGACGUGGACGUGGACGUGGACGUGGACGUGGACGUGGACGUGGACGUGGACGUGGACGUGGACGUGGACGUAGACGUGGACGUGGACGUGGAGGUGGACGUGGAGGUGGACGUGGAGGUGGACGUGGACAUGGAGGUGGACGUGGACGUGGACAUGGACGUGGACGUGGACGUGGACGUGGACGUGGACGUGGACGUGGACGUGGACGUGGACAUGGACGUGGACGUGGACGUGGACAUGGACGUGGACGUGGACGUGGACGUGGACGUGGACGUGGACGUGGACGUGGACAUGGACGUGGACAUGGACGUGGACGUGGACGUGGACGUGGACGUGGACGUGGACGUGGACGUGGACGUGGACGUGGACGUGGACGUGGACGUGGAGGUGGACGUAGACGUGGACGUGGACGUGGACGUGGACGUGGACGUGGACGUGGACGUGGACGUGGACAUGGACGUGGACGUGGACGUGGACGUGGACGUGGACAUGGACGUGGACGUGGACGUGGACGUGGACGUGGACGUGGACGUGGACGUGGACAUGGACGUGGACGUGGACGUGGACAUGGACGUGGACGUGGACGUGGACGUGGACGUGGAGGUGGAGGUGGACGUGGACAUGGACGUGGACAUGGACGUGGACGUGUGGACGUGGACACGUGGACGUGGACGUGGAGGUGGACGUGGACAUGGACGUGGACAUGGACGUGGACGUGUGGACGUGGACGUGGACGUGGACGUGGACGUGGACGUGGACGUGGACGUGGACAUGGACGUGGACGUGGACGUGGACAUGGACGUGGACGUGGACGUGGAGGUGGACGUGGAGGUGGACGUGGACAUGGAGGUGGACGUGGACGUGGAGGUGGACGUGGACGUGGACGUGGAGGUGGACGUGGACGUGGACGUGGACGUGGACGUGGACGUGGAGGUGGACGUGGACGUGGACGUGGACAUGGAGGUGGACGUGGACGUGGACGUGGACAUGGACGUGGACGUGGACGUGGACGUGGACGUGGACGUGGACGUGGACGUGGACGUGGACAUGGACGUGGACGUGGACGUGGACAUGGACGUGGACGUGGACGUGGACGUGGACAUGGACGUGGACGUGGACGUGGACGUGGACAUAGAAAUGGACGUGGACGUGGACGUGGACAUGGACGUGGACGUGGACGUGGACGUGGAAAUGGACGUGGACGUGGACGUGGACGUGGACGUGGAUGUGGACGUGGACAUGGACGUGGACAUGGACGUGGACGUGGACGUGGACAUGGACGUGGACGUGGACAUGGACGUGGACGUGGACGUGGACAUGGACGUGGACAUGGACGUGGACAUGGACAUGGACGUGGACAUGGACGUAGUUAUGGACGUGGACGUGGACGUGGACAUGGACGUGGACGUGGACGUGGACAUGGACGUGGACGUGGACAUGGACAUAGUUAUGGACGUGGACGUGGACGUGGACAUGGACGUGGACAUGGACGUGGACAUGGACGUGGACAUGGACGUGGACAUGGACAUGGACGUGGACGUGGACGUAGUUAUGGACGUGGACGUGGACGUGGACGUGGACAUGGACGUGGACAUGGACGUGGACAUGGACGUGGACAUGGACAUGGACGUGGACAUGGACGUGGACGUGGACGUGGACAUGGACGUGGACGUGGACAAAUGGACGUGGACGUGGACGUGGACAUGGACGUGGACGUGGACGUGGACGUGGACGUGGACUGGACGUGGACGUGGACGUGGACAUGGACGUGGACGUGGACGUGGACGUGGACGUGGACGUGGACGUGGACGUGGACGUGGACGUGGACGUGGACGUGGACGUGGACGUGGACGUGGACGUGGACGUGGACGUGGACGUGGACGUGGACGUGGACGUGGACGUGGACGUGGAUGGAUGGACGUGGACGUGGACGUGGACGUGGACGUGGACAUGGACGUGGACGUGGACGUGGACAUGGACGUGGACGUGGACGUGGACAUGGACGUGGACGUGGACGUGGACAUGGACGUGGACGUGGACGUGGACGUGGACGUGGACGUGGACGUGGACGUGGACGUGGACGUGGACAUGGACGUGGACGUGGACGUGGACGUGGACGUGGACGUGGACGUGGACGUGGACGUGGACGUGGACAUGGACGUGGACGUGGACGUGGACGUGGACGUGGACAUGGACAUGGACGUGGACGUGGACGUGGACGUGGACGUGGACGUGGACGUGGACGUGGACGUGGACGUGGACGUGGACGUGGACGUGGACGUGGACGUGGACGUGGACAUGGACGUGGACGUGGACGUGGACGUGGACAUGGACAUGGACGUGGACGUGGACGUGGACGUGGACAUGGACGUGGACGUGGACAUGGACGUGGACGUGGACGUGGACGUGGACGUGGACGUGGACAUGGACGUGGACGUGGACGUGGACAUGGACGUGGACGUGGACAUGGACGUGGACGUGGACAUGGACGUGGACGUGGACGUGGACGUGGACGUGGACGUGGACAUGGACGUGGACAUGGACGUGGACGUGGACGUGGACGUGGACGUGGACGUGGACGUGGACGUGGACAUGGACGUGGACGUGGACGUGGACAUGGACGUGGACGUGGACGUGGACGUGGACGUGGACGUGGACGUGGACGUGGACGUGGACGUGGACGUGGACGUGGACGUGGACGUGGACGUGGACGUGGACGUGGACGUGGACGUGGACAUGGACGUGGACGUGGACGUGGACGUGGACGUGGACGUGGACAUGGACGUGGACGUGGACAUGGACGUGGACGUGGACGUGGACGUGGACGUGGACGUGGACGUGGACAUGGACGUGGAUAUGGACGUGGACAUGGACGUGGACAUGGACGUGGACGUGGACGUGGACGUGGACGUGGACGUGGACGUGGACGUGGACGUGGACGUGGACGUGGACGUGGACGUGGACGUGGACGUGGACGUGGACGUGGACAUGGACGUGGACGUGGACGUGGACAUGGACGUGGACGUGGACGUGGACGUGGACGUGGACGUGGACGUGGACAUGGACGUGGACGUGGACGUGGACAUGGACGUGGACAUGGACGUGGACGUGGACGUGGACGUGGAAAUGGACGUGGACGUGGACGUGGACAUGGACGUGGACGUGGACGUGGACGUGGACGUGGACGUGGACGUGGACGUGGACGUGGACGUGGACAUGGACGUGGACGUGGACGUGGACGUGGACGUGGACGUGGACGUGGACGUGGACGUGGACGUGGACGUGGACAUGGACGUGGACGUGGACGUGGACGUGGACGUGGACGUGGACGUGGACGUGGACGUGGACAUGGACGUGGACGUGGACAUGGACGUGGACAUGGACGUGGACGUGGACGUGGACGUGGACGUGGACGUGGACAUGGACGUGGACGUGGACGUGGACGUGGACAUGGACGUGGACGUGGACGUGGAGGUGGACGUGGAGGUGGACGUGGACGUGGACAUGGACGUGGACGUGGACGUGGACGUGGACGUGGACGUGGACGUGGACGUGGACAUGGACGUGGACGUGGACGUGGACGUGGACGUGGACGUGGACGUGGACGUGGACGUGGACGUGGACGUGGACGUGGACGUGGACGUGGACGUGGACGUGGACGUGGACGUGGACGUGGACGUGGACGUGGACGUGGACAUGGACGUGGACGUGGACGUGGACAUGGACAUGGACGUGGACGUGGACGUGGACGUGGACGUGGACGUGGACGUGGACGUGGACGUGGACGUGGACGUGGACGUGGACGUGGACAUGGACGUGGACGUGGACGUGGACGUGGACGUGGACGUGGACGUGGACGUGGACAUGGACGUGGACGUGGACGUGGACGUGGACGUGGACGUGGACGUGGACGUGGACGUGGACAUGGACGUGGACGUGGACGUGGACGUGGACGUGGACGUGGACGUGGACAUGGACGUGGACGUGGACGUGGACAUGGACGUGGACGUGGACGUGGACGUGGAAAUGGACGUGGACGUGGACGUGGACGUGGACGUGGACGUGGACGUGGACGUGGACGUGGACGUGGACGUGGACGUGGACGUGGAAAUGGACGUGGACGUGGACGUGGACGUGGACGUGGACGUGGACAUGGACGUGGACGUGGACGUGGACAUGGACGUGGACGUGGACAUGGACGUGGACGUGGACGUGGACAUGGACGUGGACGUGGACGUGGACAUGGACGUGGACAUGGACGUGGACAUGGACGUGGACGUGGACAUGGACGUGGACGUGGACAUGGACGUGGACGUGGACGUGGACGUGGACGUGGAAAUGGACGUGGACGUGGACGUGGACAUGGACGUGGACGUGGACGUGGACAUGGACGUGGACGUGGACGUGGACGUGGACGUGGACGUGGACGUGGACGUGGACAUGGACGUGGACAUGGACGUGGACGUGGACGUGGACAUGGACGUGGACGUGGACAUGGACGUGGACGUGGACAUGGACGUGGACGUGGACGUGGACGUGGACGUGGACGUGGAAAUGGACGUGGACGUGGACGUGGACGUGGACGUGGACGUGGACGUGGACGUGGACGUGGACGUGGACGUGGACGUGGACGUGGACGUGGACGUGGACGUGGACGUGGACAUGGACGUGGACAUGGACGUGGACGUGGACGUGGACGUGGACGUGGACGUGGACGUGGACAUGGACGUGGACGUGGACGUGGACAUGGACGUGGACGUGGACGUGGACAUGGACGUGGACAUGGACAUGGACGUGGACGUGGACGUGGACGUGGACGUGGACGUGGACGUGGACAUGGACGUGGACGUGGACGUGGACGUGGACGUGGACGUGGACGUGGACGUGGACGUGGACGUGGACGUGGACGUGGACGUGGACGUGGACGUGGACGUGGACGUGGACAUGGACGUGGACGUGGACGUGGACGUGGACGUGGACGUGGACGUGGACGUGGACGUGGACGUGGACGUGGACGUGGACGUGGACGUGGACGUGGACGUGGACGUGGACGUGGACGUGGACGUGGACGUGGACGUGGACGUGGACAUGGACGUGGACGUGGACGUGGACAUGGACGUGGACGUGGACGUGGACAUGGACGUGGACGUGGACGUGGACAUGGACGUGGACGUGGACGUGGACGUGGACGUGGACGUGGACGUGGACGUGGACGUGGACGUGGACAUGGACGUGGACGUGGACGUGGACGUGGACGUGGACGUGGACGUGGACGUGGACGUGGACGUGGACGUGGACGUGGACGUGGACGUGGACGUGGACGUGGACAUGGACGUGGACGUGGACGUGGACGUGGACGUGGACGUGGACGUGGACGUGGACGUGGACGUGGACGUGGACGUGGACGUGGACGUGGACGUGGACGUGGACAUGGACGUGGACGUGGACGUGGACGUGGACGUGGACAUGGACAUGGACGUGGACGUGGACGUGGACGUGGACGUGGACGUGGACGUGGACAUGGACGUGGACGUGGACGUGGACGUGGACGUGGACGUGGACAUGGACGUGGACGUGGACGUGGACAUGGACGUGGACGUGGACAUGGACGUGGACGUGGACAUGGACGUGGACGUGGACGUGGACGUGGACGUGGACGUGGACAUGGACGUGGACAUGGACGUGGACGUGGACGUGGACGUGGACGUGGACGUGGACGUGGACGUGGACAUGGACGUGGACGUGGACAUGGACAUGGACGUGGACGUGGACGUGGACGUGGACGUGGACGUGGACGUGGACGUGGACGUGGACGUGGACGUGGACGUGGACGUGGACGUGGACGUGGACGUGGACGUGGACGUGGACAUGGACGUGGACGUGGACAUGGACGUGGACGUGGACGUGGACAUGGACGUGGACGUGGACAUGGACGUGGACGUGGACAUGGACGUGGACGUGGACGUGGACAUGGACGUGGAUAUGGACGUGGACAUCGACGUGGACAUGGACGUGGACGUGGACGUGGACGUGGACAUGGACGUGGACGUAGACGUGGACGUGGAAAUGGACGUGGACGUGGACGUGGACGUGGACGUGGACGUGGUCGUGGACAUGGACGUGGACGUGGACGUGGACAUGGACGUGGACAUGGACAUGGACGUGGACAUGGACGUGGACGUAGACAUGGACGUGGACGUGGACGUGGACAUGGACGUGGACAUGGACGUGGACGUAGACGUGGACGUAGAAAUGGACGUGGACGUGGACGUGGACAUGGACGUGGACGCAGACGUGGACGACGUGGACGUGGACGUGGACAUGGACGUGGACGUGGACGUGGAGGUGGACGUGGAGGUGGACGUGGACGUGGACAUGGACGAGGACGUGGACGUGGACAUGGACGUGGACGUGGAUGUGGACGUGGACAUGGACGUGGACGUGGACGUCGACGUGGACGUGGACGUGGACGUGGACGUGGACGUGGACGUGGACGUGGACGUAGACGUGGACGUGGACGUGGACGUGGACGUGGACGUGGACAUGGACGUGGACGUGGACAUGGACGUGGACAUGGACGUGGACAUGGUCAUGGACGUGGACGUGGACGUGGACGUGGACAUGGACGUGGACGUGGACGUGGACGUGGACGUGGACGUGGACGUGGACGUGGACGUGGACAUGGACGUGGACGUGGACGUGGACGGGGACGUGGACGUGGACAUGGACGUGGACAUGGACGUGGACGUGGACGUGGAACGUGGACAUGGACAAAUGGACGUGGACGUGGACGUGGACAUGGACGUGGACGUAGAAAUGGACGUGGACGUGGACGUGGACAUGGACGUGGACGUGGACGUGGACAUGGACGUGGACAUGGACGUGGACAUGGACGUGGACGUGGACAUGGACGUGGACGUGGACAUGGACGUGGACGUGGACGUGGACGUGGACGUGGAAAUGGACGUGGACGUGGACGUGGACAUAGACGUGGACGUGGACGUGGACAUGGACGUGGACGUGGAUGUGGACGUGGACGUAGACGUGGACGUGGACGUGGACAUGGACGUGGACAUGGACGUGGACUUGGACGUGGACAUGGACGUGGACGUGGACAUGGACGUGGACGUGGACAUGGACGUGGACGUGGAAGACACGUGGACGUGGACGUGGACGUGGACGGACGUGGACAUGGACGUGGACUUGGACGUGGACGUGGACAUGGACGUGGACAUGGACAUGAACGUGGACGUGGACGUGGACGUGGACGUGGACGUGGACGUAGAAAUGGACGUGGACGUGGACGUGGACGUGGACGUGGACGUAGAAGUAGACGUGGACGUGGACAUGGACGUGGACGUGGACAUGGACGUGGACGUGGACGUGGACGUGGACGUAGACGUAGACAUGGACGUGGACAUGGAGGUGGACGUGCACGUGCACGUGGACAUGGACGUGGACGUGGACGUGGACGUGGUCGUGGACGUGGACGUGGACGUGGUCAUGGACGUGGACGUGGACGUGGACGUGGACGUGAACUUGGACGUGGUCGUGGUCGUGGACGUGGACGUGGACGUGGUCAUGGACGUGGACGUGGACAUGGACGUGGUCGUGGUCGUGGACAUGGACGUGGACGUGGUUGUGGACGUGGACGUGGAGGACGUGGACGUGGAGGACGUGGACAUGGACGUGGAGGACGUGGACGAGGACGUGGAGGACGUGGACGUGGACGUGGACGUGGACGUGGACGUGGAAGUGGACGUGGACGUGGACGUGGACCUGGACGUGGACCUGGGCGUGGAACUGGACGUGGACGUGGACGUGGACGUCGACGUGGAAGUGGACGUGGACAUGGACGUGGACCUGGACGUGAACCUGGACGUGGACAUGGACGUGGACAUGGACGUGGACAUGGACGUGGACGUGGACGUGGACGUGGACGUAGACAUGGACGUGGACGUGGACAUGGACAUGGACAUGGACGUACGUGGACGGGACGUGGACAUGGACGUGGACGUAGACGUGGACGUGGACGUGGACAUGGACGUGGACGUGGACAUGGACAUGGACGUGGACGUGGACGUAGACAUGGACGUGGACAUGGACGUGGACCUGGACGUGAACCUGGACGUGGACAUGGACGUGGACAUGGACGUGGACAUGGACGUGGACGUGGACGUGGACGUGGACGUAGACAUGGACGUGGACGUGGACAUGGACAUGGACAUGGACGUGGACGUGGACGUGGACGUGGACGUGGACGUGGACGUGGACGUGGACGUGGACGUAGACGAGGACGUGGACAUGGACGUGGACGUGGAUGUGGACGUGGACGUAGACGUGGACGUAGACGUGGACGUGGACGUGGACAUGGACGACGUGGACAUGGACGUGGACAUGGACGUGGACGUGGACGUGGACGUGGACAUGGACGUGGACGUGGACAUGGACGUGGACGUGGAUGUGGACGUGGACGUGGACAUGGACGUGGACGUGGACGUGGACAUGGACGUGGACGUGGACGUGGACGUGGACGUGGACGUGGACGUGGACGUGGACGUGGACGUGGACGUGGACGUGGACGUAGACGUAGACGUGGACGUGGACGUGGACGUGGACGUGGACGUGGACAUGGACGUGGACGUGGACGUGGACAUGGACGUGGACAUGGACAUGGACGUGGACUUGGACGUGGACUUGGACGUGGACGUGGACGUGGACGUGGACAUGGACGUAGACGUGGACGUGGACGUGGACGUGGACGUGGACGUGGACGUAGAAAUGGACGUGGACGUGGACGUGGACGUGGACGUGGACGUAGAAGUGGACGUGGACGUGGACAUGGACGUGGACGUGGACAUGGACGUGGACGUGGACGUGGACGUGGACGUAGACGUAGACAUGGACGUGGACAUGGAGGUGGACGUGCACGUGCACGUGGACAUGGACGUGGACGUGGACGUGGACGUGGUCGUGGACGUGGACGUGGACGUGGUCAUGGACGUGGACGUGGACGUGGACGUGGACGUGAACUUGGACGUGGUCGUGGUCGUGGACGUGGACGUGGACGUGGUCAUGGACGUGGACGUGGACAUGGACGUGGUCGUGGUCGUGGACAUGGACGUGGACGUGGUUGUGGACGUGGACGUGGAGGACGUGGACGUGGAGGACGUGGACAUGGACGUGGAGGACGUGGACGAGGACGUGGAGGACGUGGACGUGGACGUGGACGUGGACGUGGACGUGGACGUGGAAGUGGACGUGGACGUGGACGUGGACCUGGACCUGGACCUGGACGUGGAACUGGACGUGGACGUGGACGUGGACGUGGACGUGGAAGUGGACGUGGACAUGGACGUGGACCUGGACGUGGACCUGGACGUGGACAUGGACGUGGACAUGGACGUGGACAUGGACGUGGACGUGGACGUGGACGUGGACGUAGACAUGGACGUGGACGUGGACAUGCACAUGGACAUGGACGUGGACGUGGACGUCGACAUGGACGUGGACAUGGACAUGGACAUGGACGUGGACGUGGACGUGGACAUGGACGUAGAAAUGGACGUGGACGUGGACGUGGACGUGGACAUGGACGUAGAAAUGGACGUGGACGUGGACGUGGACGUGGACAUGGACGUGGACGUGGACGUAGACAUGGACGUGGACAUGGACGUUGACGUGGACGUGGACGUGGAUGUGGACGUGGACGUAGAAAUGGAGGUGGACGUGGACGUGGACCUGGACGUUGACGUGGACGUGGACCUGGACGUUGACGUGCGCGUGGACGUGGACGUGGACGUGGAGGACGUGGACGUGGAGGUGGACGUGGACGUGGACGUGGACAUGGACGUGGACGUGGAUGAGGACGAGGACGUGGACGUGGACGUGGAUGGACGUGGACACGUGGACGUGGACGUGGACGUGGACGUGGAGGUGGACGUGGACGUGGACGUGGACGUGGACGUGGACGUGGACGAGGAGGAGGACGUGGACGUGGACGUGGACGUGGACGUGGAUGUGGACCUGGACGUUGACGUGGACGUGGACCUGGACGUUGACGUGCGCGUGGACGUGGACGUGGACGUGGAGGACGUGGACGUGGACGUGGACAUGGACGUGGACGUGGACGUGGACGUGGACGUGGACCUGGACGUGGACGUGGACGUGGACGUGGACGUGGACCUGGACGUUGACGUGCACGUGGACGUGGACCUGGACGUGGACGUGGACGUGGAGGACAUGGACGUGGACGUGGACGUGGACGUGGACGAGGACGAGGACGUGGACGUGGACGUGGAUGUGGACGUGGACGUGGACGAGGACGUGGACGAGGACGUGGACGUGGACGUGGACGUGGACGUGGACGUGGACGUGGACGUGGACCUGGACCUGGACGUUGACGUGCACGUGGACGUGGACGUGGACGUGGAGGACAUGGACGUGGACGUGGACGUGGACGUUGACGUGGACGUGGACGUGGACAUGGACGUGGACGUGGACGUGGACGUGGACGUGGACGUGGACAUGGACGUGGACCUGGACGUGGACGUGGACGUGGACGUGGACCUGGACCUGGACCUGGACGUUGACGUGCACGUAGACGUGGACGUGGACGUGGACGUGGACGUGGACGUGGAGGACAUGGACGUGGACGUGGACGUUGACGUGGACGUGGACGUGGACGUGGACGAGGAGGAGGACAAGGACGUGGACGUGGACGUGGACAUGGACGUACACGUGAACGUGGACGUGGACGUGGACAUGGACGUGGACGUGGACGUGGACGUGGACAUGGUCGUGGACGUGGACGUGGACGUGGACAUGGACGUGGACGUGGACGUGGAGGUGGACGUGGACGUGGUCCUGGACGUGGACGUGGACGUGGACGUGGACGUGGACGUGGACAUGGACGUGGACGUGGACGUGGACAUGGACAUGGACGUUGACAUGGACGUGGACAUGGACAUGGUCGUGGACAUGGACAUGGUCGUGGACGUGGACGUAGACAUGGACAUGGUCGUGGACAUGGACAUGGACGUGGACAUGGACAUGGUCGUGGACAUGGACAUGGUCGUGGACGUGGACGUGGACAUGGACAUGGUCGUGGACAUGGACAUGGUCGUGGACAUGGACAUGGACGUGGACAUGGACGUGGACAUGGACAUGGUCGUGGACGUGGACGUGGACGUGGACAUGGACGUUGACGUGGACAUGGACGUGGUCAUGGACGUGGACGUGGACGUGGACAUAGACGUGGACGUGGACGUGGACAUAGAUGUGGACGUGGACAUAGAUGUGGUCGUGGUCGUGGACGUGGACGUGGACGUGGUCAUGGACGUGGAUAUGGACGUGGACGUGGAGGACGUGGACGUGGAGGACGUGGAGGACGUGGACGUGGAGGACGUGGACGUGGAGGACGUGGACGUGGACGUGGACGUAGACGUGGUCGUGGACGUGGACGUUGACGUGGACGUGGACGUGGACGUGGUCGUGGACGUGGAGGACUUGGACGUUGACAUGGACGUGGACGUGGACGUGGACGUGGACGUGGACAUGGUCGUGGACGUGGACGUGGACGUGGACAUGGACGUGGAUGUGGACGUGGACGUGGAAGUGGACGUGGACGUGGACAUGGAUGUGGACGUGGACGUGGACGUGGACAUCGACGUGGAGCUUGCGUGGUCGAGGAGCGUGCCUGGUCCAUGGGCUUGCGUGAUCCAGGAGCUUGCCUGGUCCUAG